AUGUUAGCUUUAAGUUUGGAGCCACAUAAUUGGAAACCUCCAGAAUAUGGUCAUUUGAAAAUUAAUUUUGAUGCUUCAUUCUUUAAAGAAAACUUACAAGGGGGAAUUGGACUGAUUAUAAGGGAUUUUGCAGGUACCAGUCUUGGUGUGCAAGGGCAAUAUAUUGAUGGAGAAGUAAAGCAAGGAAUAGAAGUGGAGGAGCUAGAAUGUAGAGCUAUGAUGAAAGCUGUCUCUCUGGCAAUCUCAAAGAACUUCAGUAAUGUUACUUUUGAGUCUGAUAGUGAAGUGCUAGUCAAGUCCAUUAAUGGACUUGAUUGUUGUGUGCACUGGAUGAACCAAAAUUUAAUUCUAGAUAUUAGAUUUAUGUUGAAUAAGAUCAGUAACUGGAAGUGUGUUUCAGUUAAAAGAGAUUCAAAUAGUGUAGUAGACAAGAUUUCCAAAAAGGCAAGGAUUACAAGGUCUGAUUUUGUUUACUGGGAUUCAUAUCCUUCUGACAUUCAAGAUUGGAUUAUCCAUGAAGCUAAUGUACUAUCUAUUUGA